CUAGAUGAGAGACGCGAUGCUUUGUGUGAAAGAACGAUUAAAAAGAUAACUGAUGGCAACCGCCUGUUUUAUCUCUUACCUCAGACUAGAGAAAACGUGAACUACGAUUUACAUAACGCUAACAAUUGGUCAUUGUUCAAAUGUAGAACUGAUCGUUUUCAGAAAAGCUUUUUCCCAA